AGGUGUACUUGGUGAGGAAGGUCGACACGGGAGAGUUCUUUGCCCUGAAGAUCCUGGACAAGGCGAAGUUCCGGGCCCAGAAGAUCGUGAGCAAGGCGCACAGCGAACAGUUUAUCCUGAAGACCACUGUGCAUCCGUUCGUCGUGGCGCUCCACUACGCUUUCCAAGCCACCGACUGCUGGGCGCUCGUGAUGGAAUACUGCCCCAACGGCAACCUGCUUGGGGAGAUUGUCCGGCGCGGGAAUCCAGGCUUGCCGCUGCCGCGGGUGGCGCAGCUCGGGGGAGAGGUGCUGCUGGCGCUGGAGCACCUGCACGCGCUGAGGGUCAUGUUCCGCGACCUGAAGCCCGAGAACGUGGUGACGCCCUCUUCCACGCAAAGCUGACGGACUUCGGGCUCGCCAAGAAGAUGCACAACGCCACGGAAGCGAACACGGUGUGCGGUUCUCACGGGUACGUCGCGCCGGAGAUCCUCCUCCCCUCGAAGGGCUACACGCUGGCGGUGGACGUGUACUCAUUCGGCGUGGUGAUGUACAUGCUCUGCAGCGGCGGCGAGCAGUCCCAGCGCCGCCCGGGGGUGCGCACCCCGCCGAUGCGGCACGCGAGCCUGGGGCGCAGGCUGCGGGAGGCCGCGGGCGCGUCGCCUGCGCCGCGGUGGGCGCUGCGGGAGGAGGGGGCGCUGGAGCUGGUGCGGGCACUGACCGGCGGCCAGGACCCCCAGGCCCGCCCGAGCGCCACGGCCGCGAAGGAUCUCCGCUUCUUCGUCCGCCACCUCGGAGGGGGGGCCCGUGGCGGCGUGGACGCCCUGCUGUCGGAGGCCGCGGCCUGCUGCGCGCCGCCGGAGGAGACAAGCCAGCGGGCCCUUCAGACACAGGGGUCGCGCGCAGCCGGCGUGACUCUACCGACCAGGGCAGCCACGCUGGACAAAAACGCUGGCCGGGCGUGCUCUCUCCUUCGGCUCCCGAUCCCUGCUUCCUCUUUCUCCUCGAUCCUCUCCCACCUCUCCCCCUCGCUUCCCCCGACCCCUCCUCCUCCCCGCCGCUUGGCAUCGCUCGCACGCGUGCGCUUGUUCCCGGUCGCCUGGC